AUGUCAUACCGACGGUGCACGCACGGGCGUCCGAACACGAAUUACGGGGUAGAAAGCCCCCCAAAACGCCGGUACCUUCUACCAGGCUUGAUUGGAGUCACACAUUCUCUCGGAGGCCAAGAUGGAGCCAAAAUUGAGCCAGAGAUGGGUCAAAAGGUCAAGGCAGGUGAGGUGGCAGUUACGGACAUAGACGCGAGGAAUGCCGUCGAGAAGUUGGUGACGGAGGGCGUUAUUGACCGACACGUACAGGCUGUGGAUGGCCACGGCGCGUUUGUGGAGGCAAUUAUUUUCCGUGAUUUGCGGUUGUGUGGUACCCGGAAGUGGAUUGGCCGCGGGGGGGGGGGGGGGGGGGCAGGGACAAUGAACGGGAUGUUGGAGAGUUCCGCGGUGGCGGUGGCGGUGGGCGGUGAGGGUCAGGGCCGUGUGGCCACAGGCUCCGCCGCGGUUGAGACUGGGAAUGGCGGCGGCGUUGGCGCUGAGUUGGCGUUGGGCUUGGAGGAGCAAGAUGUAGGUGGGCAAGACAGUGUGUGGCGAUUGGAUUGA